AUGGCUCUGUCUGUUAUUUCAGAGAAUUUCAGCGAGACAAAUGAAACCAACAGUGCUGAAGCUAGGACUCACACCGGAGCCAAACCAACAAUCAAAGCCCAUCCUGUUUCAAGGAGACUGUCAUACACCGUAAAUAAAAAAGGAAACUCUAAAUUCGGACUGUCCACCGUUCAUCACACGGCAAAUAUUACGACUGGUCCCAUCAUGAACAAAAAGUCCUUCAGUAAAAUGCCAAAGUGGGAUUUUGAGGAGAAGUACAUUCAGGAUACUCAUCCCAAACAAAUGACUUGUCAAGAAUCUUUAAGGAACACUGCAGACCCUGAGUUCAACAGAUCCUUUAUUCCCAACAUCCAACUUUUCAUGCACCGAGAACACCUCAACAUGAGCGAGUGGAACCGUCUGACACACUUCAACAAUCCUUUUGGCUUCAUGGGGUACCACUACAAGGAUGUUAAAACGGCAGUGGAUCUGAUCCCGAAAACGGCUGAUAAUUUCCUAACAGUUCCCAGAAAUGAUAAAUCUAAAUGUAUACGCUGUGCUGUUGUGGGCACAGGUGGGAUUCUCAGUGGUUCCUUGAUGGGCAAGGAGAUUGAUUCCCAUGACUAUGUGUUCAGAAUGAAUGGAGCUGUUAUCAAAGGUUAUGAAGAGGAUGUAGGAAAUCGAACUUCGGUGUAUGUUCACACAAUGCACUCCACCAGAGCUUCACUUUACCUACUAGAAAAGUACGGUUUCAAGAGUAUUCCUAGGGAUGAGAACAUAAAAUAUGUGUUGAUACCAGAGGGAGUGAGAGAUUUCCAGUGGCUUCUUGGACUACUUCAGAAGAAACCAAUACCCGAGGGGGACUAUUCUGGUAUUCGACCUUGGACCUACUACCCUGAUAACAUGGAUUUAAACAGGUUCUAUGUCCUGCACCCAGAUUUCCUACGAUACGUGAAGAACCGGUUCCUGAAGUCCAAAAUUCUGCAGUCUCCCUCCUGGCACGUUUACCGACCUACCAAUGGAGCAUUCACCUUGUUUCUGGCCCUGCACGCCUGUGACGUGGUGGAUGCAUAUGGAUUCGUUACGGCCGACUACAGCAAGUAUUCCAACUACUACUAUGACAAAUUGAAAGCAAAGGUUACUUUUUACGGCAACCACGACUAUAACUUGGAAAUGAAUUUAUGGAAGAAACUGCACGACUCCGAGAUCAUCAGGCUCUAUCAAAGACAAGAGGACACGGAAGACAGUAGAAACAAAACAUCAAAGCAUUGAAUGACAGCUUACGGGAAAAAUUUUUCAUGAUUUUAUGAGAAACGUUUCAUAAUUUCACCCAUUUGUAGAAAAUGUUCUGAAUAUACAAUGUAUCAAUAAAAAUGUAGCAUAAUUUUUUAAAAGAUGACAUCAGAUCACCGAAAUUAUGUUAUUUAAUUGCUCCUGUAGUGUUCACACAUAUCUCAGGGGCUGGCAGAACGUGGCGUUGUAGACCUCAUUUUAUUUUUUUUCUAAUGGUAGCAUUUUCAUUGCUAUUCUGUUGAAGACUCUGUAUAAAGUGUUGCUGUUUCUAAUUUAUUUUCUCCACUUCUUGGCAAAGCAUUCUGAAAAGACAUGUUUACUCCGUACUUUUCCAAGAAGGCACAUGCAGGUACACAAAUAUUCAAUAUUUAUUGUAGCUAUUGUUCUGCUCUGCAGAUGGGAGAAACAGUGCAAAGUAUGAAAGAAUUUUACGGAAUUUUCUCUUUUUGUAAACUUUGAAAAAGCAAAGAGUUAUGCAAGUAACAUAAUGUGGAGUUCCUUUGUGUGUGUGUGUGUGUGUGUGUGUGUGUGUGUGUGUUGAAAGAAAGGGUAAAAUGUGAUUGAUUGCUGCACGGUUUAAAUUUUUCAUUAGCAUUUUAUUUUGACAUGAUUUUGCCUCAUAUUUAUUCCUGUAAAGUUGUCACAUACUGUAUAAGACUGACUAACUUAUGCUUUUUGAUUCUGAUUAAACUCUUCUGGUUUCUAGUUCUCAUG